GUGUGGUCAUUGGUCGGUCGCCGCUGUCAAUCAAGUGAGUUUGUGCGUCAUUUCCGUUGUCAGGUGGCGCUGUCGCUGUGGAAAGAUGCGAUCAGCGAUGAGCGGAGGCUUUUCCUUAAUUGCUCAUUUCGGUAACAGAGGCUAAACAACCCAAAACCAACCUUCUGUUGUCUCUUCUCUGUAAGCGAAAAGCUACUUGUAUCCACAACAGCUUUUACCCAAGAAAUGUCCAUGUUGUAAGGAGACAGCGCAGACUUUACCCGGCGGUUUUGGCUCGAGAGCUCCAGUAUGUCCAAGCGGCGCUCAUCGGAGAGGGGGGCUGGAGAGACAUCAAGCAGGGCCAGCAAGCUGCAGUGUCCUGGGAUAUCUGGCAGUAAUGCUAAGAGAGCAGGACCCUUCAUUCUCGGGCCUCGCUUGGGCAACUCACCAGUCCCCAGCAUAGUGCAGUGUCUGGCCAGAAAGGACUGUACAGAUGACUUCUAUCAGCUCAAAAUCCUGACGCUGGAGGAGCGAGUGGACUCUGCAGGAGAAACUCAGGAAGAGAGACAGGGGAAGAUGCUGCUGCACACAGAGUACUCCCUCCUUUCUCUGUUGCACAACCAGGAUGGGGUGGUCCACCACCAUGGCCUCUUCCAGGAUCGAGCCUACGAGAUAGUGGAGGACAUGGAGGCCAACAAAGUGCGCAAGAUGAAGAAGCGUAUCUGCCUUGUGCUGGACUGCCUGUGCGCUCAUGACUUCAGCGACAAGACUGCAGAUCUAAUAAACCUUCAGCAUUAUGUAAUCAAGGAGAAACGACUGAGUGAGCGUGAGGCCAUUGUCAUCUUUUACGAUGUGGUGCGAGUGGUGGAGGCCCUUCAUAAGAAAAACAUUGUACACAGAGACCUCAAGCUGGGAAACAUGGUGCUGAACAAACGGACUCACCGAAUCACCAUUACCAACUUCUGCCUGGGAAAACACCUAGUGAGCGAGGACGACCUGCUGAAAGACCAGAGAGGGAGCCCGGCAUACAUUAGCCCAGAUGUAUUAAGUAGUCGGCCGUACCGCGGUAAACCCAGUGACAUGUGGGCUCUUGGCGUGGUCCUGUUCACCAUGCUGUAUGGCCAGUUCCCCUUUUAUGACAGCAUGCCUCAAGAGCUUUUUCGCAAGAUCAAGGCUGCCGAGUACUCCAUCCCAGAGGAUGGCCGUGUGUCAGAGAACACUGUGUGCCUGAUACGAAAGCUGCUGGUGCUGGACCCUCAGCAGAGGCUGACUGCAGGAGAGGUGCUGGAGUCUCUCAGUGCAAUCAUUGCCUCAUGGCAGACGGUUUCAUCAUUGAGUGGCCCUCUGCAGGUGGUGCCAGAUAUUGAUGACCAGAUACAGCACCCAGAACAUCUACAAGAGGCCAAGGUAAUAGAGGAGUCUUCACAAUAUGAGUUUGAGAACUACAUGCGCCAGCAGCUGUUGCUGGCUGAAGAGAAGAACACAAUCCACGAGGCCAAGACCUUUCUCACCAAGCGCCAGUUUGGCAGCAUCCCACCUGUUCGGCGUUUGGGCCACGAUGCCCAGCCGGUCAGUCCACUAGAUGCUGCCAUCCUGGCUCAACGUUUCCUCCGGAGGUAGUCCUCACCCACCCAUUUCAGCCUCUCUGGUCUCUCCAGGGAUUAAAGACACCUGCGGAGACCAGAGAGGAUGAAGGAGGAAAAACUAAACUCACACACACAGGGCCCAUCUUGAACCAGGGUAGAGAUGGCCUCAUUCAUAGGGAACAGACAUGAGGAGGGCACCAGAUCAGACUGUCUACCCAGAACUUCAGUCCUCAUGUCUGAAUCCCAUAGUGAAAUAUGGAAAGGCCUGGAGGAAAAUGAGAACCAUAGGUUCCUAUUCCACCACCUCAACUAACCUGAUGGCACAGUCAGACACGGGGCCAACACAAGGCUCUGUCUGGAGUGCUGAAAAGAUCCUGUAUCCCUCCUCCUCUUUUGAGAGCCCCCUACUGUAACACUUUGCCCAUCAACUCUGGGCUCCCUGAGCAAUACAGGGCCAGAAUCAUGUAGCAACCCCUUCUUUUCUUAGUGGUUAAAGGUAUUGCCUCAAGUAACAUCACCUGAUCACAGAUGUCACUUCUCUAUACCUCAGUUUCACCCUCUUCCUCCCCCUAUUCCUUUCCUUUCCUCUUUACUGUUUUUCUGUAUUGAAAAUGAUCCAGACUUGUCCUGUCUGUAAAUUUGACUUCAAAUCAAUCUACCUCUCUGUCUCUCUUUUCUGUUGGUAAACCAUGCUCACUGUUCUGAGACAAGGGAUUGUAAUAAUGGAGUCCUGAUGCCACCAGUGACAAAGCAUUAAUGUCUUCUGUCAGUGAUAAUGCUUUGAAACCUUCUCAGUGGUUUCAAAAAAUCUGAAUAAGCUUUUUUUCAUAUUUACCUUAAUAAGUAGCAUUCUCCCUAAACUUGCAUUGAAGAUAUUCAUUAUCAAAAUAUGUAUACAAGCAUUGAUAUUUUUAGAAUGCGUUGGCUCCUGCUUUUGCUCAUCCCUGUGGAAAUCUGUUUUUAGCAUCUAGGCAGCUAAUGUGAGGGACCUGGAAGCCACGAUGCCAAGAACUGAAUGGGAACAACUGUUGGAUCCUCCCUGCCAAGGCAUAUUGAUGGCUUCCUCAGUGCCAUUACAGUGAAGAUCAGGCACUGUCAUGUUUCUAUUGCAAAAAAUUCAUGUCUUAAAAUUACUCUUAGCCAA